GAUCUGUGUCGUCUUAGCAGUAGUUGUGUGAAAGCCAGAAUAAAAGCCAAAUUCUGUGUGUCGGCCGAAUGUGCAUUUGAGGUCUGUGUGUGUGUGUGUGUGUGUGUGUGUGUGUGUGUGUGUGUGUAUGUGUGUGUAAGCUCGAGUGUGUAAGGCAUGCGCCUGGGCAUUUACCUCACCAUCCCUGGGUUCCUUGGGGAAAGCUAAGGAUCGUUGUUGCCAAGAUAAUUAACGUUUACUAAGUGCCUAUGUUCAAUGUGGUUCCCAUGUAUUUCAUCAUAGACCCCGUGAUGUACAGGCUCAAACACAACAGAAUUUUCUUGCUUACGUCAUAGUCCAGGAUGGGUGUUUCAGGUUGGCAGGUAACCUCCAUAUGGUGAUUUGGGGACCCAGGCCAUCCUGUAAGCCUUUUGUCAUUCACGUGGUCACGGCUGGGUGUCCAUGGCCUGGGUUCUGCCAGAGGAAGAGGAAAGAGAGCCUGGAGAGGUACACAUGUUCUCUUAGAAGCCCCAGCCUGGAGGUGGCACAUAGCGCUUCCACUUACGUUCCUUUACAGAGACAUCAGUCACAUGGCCACAGGCUGCUGCAAGGGAGUCUGGGAAAGGCGGUCUAGCCAAGUGCCCAGAAAACGGUUUGUGGAAGACAGCUAGUGCUCUCUGCCACUUCCUCCAAGAACUUUCACAAAGAGGACUUUAAUUAUAAUCAUAGCUCUGCUUCCUGAGCGCUUCUUGGGUGCCAAGUGCCAGUCCAAGAGCUUUAUGUAUAUUGACUUAGAGAAGUUGUGCAUCUAGGAACUUACAAAAAUAGAACUUUAAUUAUAAUUACAGCUACCAUUUCCCCAGCACUUACAGAGCGCUGCAUUUUAUUUACAUGAGAUCAUCGGGUCCUUAGAAUAACUCUGUGAGGCAGGGGCUGUGACGCAUUAAUUCAUUUAAUAAGUAUCUUUUGAAUACUUGCUGUGCGCUAAGCAUUGGGAACACACCAGUGAAUAAAAUAAAAUCCUUGUCCUCGUGGAGCUUACAUGGAGGUGGGAAGGGGCCACCGGUGGGGACAGAUAGUAAACAAGAAAUAAACAAGAAAGAUGUAACAUAUGCUGGAUGGUGGUAAGUGCUGUGGAGAAAAAUAGAGAAGAGAAGGGAGAACAGUUCUGGAAGAGGGUGCAGUUUAAAUAGUGUAGUCCUCCCUGAGGAGGUGACAUAGAGACCUGAGACCUAAGCAGAGACCUGAGAAAGGGAGGGAGGGAGCCUGGCACACGGGUGGGGAGAGCGAUCUAGGCGAGGGGGCGGUGGGGCAGGAGCCUGCCCCACGUGUUAAUUAGGCGAGAGUAGCUCGAGGGAUGAGGUCAGAGGGGAACAGAGGGUCAGCUUAUUACAGCCUUGUGGAAACACAGGCUCUUGCUCUGAGAUGGGAAGUACUAAUUCACAGAAGCUUGGCACUGAAGCUCCUUUGAAAAUAGAAGCCUAAUUAUAAUAAUAGCUAGCAUUUACUGAGCAUUUACUGUGUGCCAAGCUCUGUUCUAAGGCGCUUUACAUGUGUUAACUCAUAGAAGCUUGGCAACUAAGAACCUUCAAGAAUAGAACCUGAAUUACCAUAAUGGCUCACAGCGGACCAGGCCCUGGGCUAAGCGCUUUAUAUGGACGAUCACAUCGGAUCCUUAUGAGCCAUGCCUCCGCCGCGGGGUGACGUGACCGUCUUAUUCCUGGGGCCUCCGGGCUCGGGAAAGUCUGCUCUGAUCGCAGCGCUGUGCGACAAGGAUGUGGAGACGGUAGAGAUCCCCGACGGACGGCCGGAUUCCGGGCUCCCCAGCCUGAGAGCUGCAGGCCCAGGCCUCUUCCUGGGCGAGCUGAGCUGCCCACCCGCAGCGCCGGGGCCGUGGGCGGCGGAAGCCAACAUGCUGGUAUUGGUGCUGCCCGGCCCCGAGGGGAAUGAGGAACCCUUGGCCCCAGCGCUGGGGGAGGCAGCGCGGGCCGCCCUGGCCCGAGGGACCCCGCUGCUGGCUGUGCGGAACCUCCGUCCCGAGGAGUCACAGCAUGUAGCCCAGGCCCGGGAUCACACCGCAGCCCGGCUGGACAGCGCCGGGUUGGGCGCCGCGGCUCUCUUUGUGCUACAAACCGACUGCCGCAGCAGCGACGGCUGCGAGGAGCUAGAGCGCCUGCGGGCGGCGCUGCGGAGCCAGGCGGAGGCACUGCAGAGGCUCCUGCCACCGGCUCAGGAUGGCUUCGAGGUGCUGGGCGCUGCAGAGUUGGAGGCUGUGCGCGAGGCCUUCGAGACGGGUGGCCUGGAGGCGGCGCUGUCAUGGGUUCGGGCCGGCCUGGAGCGACUGGGCAGCGCGCGCCUGGACCUGGCCGUGGCCGGUAGGGCUGACGUGAGCUUUGUGCUGAACAUGCUACUCGGGUUAGAUCCUGACGACCCAGGUGCGGUGCCUGCUUCGGCGCCCGCGGAGCCCAUGCCCUACCCGGCCCCAGAGCGCCCCAACGUGGUGCUCUGGACCGUGCCUCUCGGCUCCGCGGGCACUGCUGCCGCCCCCCACCCAACCCACUACGACGCUCUCAUCCUCGUCACCCCUGGGCCCCCCACUGAGAAGGACUGGGCCCAAGUCCGGCCCUUGGUGCUACCAGAUACGCCGCUGGUCUGCGUGCGAACAGACGGCGAGGGCGAGGAUCCGGAGUCCCUGGACGAAGAGGAAAAGAGCGGCGAGAGCUUAGGGAACGCAGGCGGAGGGGGGUUUGAGAAUGCACGCAGUGAGGGAAGGGAGAAACGUGGCCCUGGAUCGCACAAAGCAGGCAGUGGGGAAGGUUCAGAGGACGCAGGCAGCGAGAGUUUGAAGCCGGUUGGCGUCGGCGUGAAGAAACCGGGCAGCGGGGACUCAGAGCGCGCGGCCGCACUGAGCCCAGAGGACGAGACGUGGGAGGUGCUGGAGGAGGCGCCGCCGCCGGUGUUCCCGCUGCGGCCUGGCGGCCUCCCGGGGCUGUGCGAGUGGCUACGGCGUGCGCUACCCCCGGCACAGGCGGGAGCGCUGCUGCUGGCUCUGCCACCCACGUCUCCCCGCGCGGCCCGGACCAAGGCUGCGGCGCUGCGGGCCGGGGCGUGGCGGCCAGCCCUGUUGGCUAGCCUGGCGGCGGCGGCGGCCCCGGUACCGGGGCUGGGCUGGGCCUGCGACGUGGCGCUCCUGCGAGGUCAGCUGGCCGAGUGGCGGCGGGCGCUGGGGCUCGAACCCGCGGCGCUGGCACGACGCGAGCGCGCGCUGGGCCUGGCGCCGGGGGAGCUGGCCGAGCGGACGCGCUUCCCGGGUCCGGUGACGCGCGCCGAAGUGGAGGCGAGGCUGGGCUCGUGGGCGGGCGAGGGCACCGCCGGGGGCGCGGCGCUGGGCGCGCUCUCCUUCCUGUGGCCGGCGGGCGGCGCGGCGGCCACAGGGGGCCUGGGCUACCGCGCGGCGCACGGCGUCCUGCUGCAGGCGCUCGACGAGAUGCUGGCCGACGCCGAAGCAGUGCUGGCACCGCAGGUGCCCGCGCAGUGAGUGGGGUGUUGAGGACCGGGGCUUCCGGGGUGCCCCGUGUCCCGGCUGAUCGGCUUGGUCAGGGGUUGAGGACUCCAAGUCGCCGUAAGAGGGAGAGGGCGUGGGGAUCCAGACUCUGGCAUGCUAGUAUGGGAUGUCUGGGCUUGUGAGAUCACAGCGGUGGGGGGGGAG